AUGUCUUCUAGGAAGAAGGUUCUUCUCAAGAUCAUCAUCCUUGGUGACAGCGGUGUCGGCAAAACAAGCUUGAUGAACCAAUAUGUCAACAAAAAAUUCAGUGCAAGCUACAAGGCCACGAUCGGCGCCGACUUCCUGACGCGCGAGGUCAUCAUCGACGACAAGCAGGUUACCAUGCAGCUUUGGGACACGGCCGGCCAGGAGCGUUUCCAGUCGCUGGGUGUCGCUUUCUACCGCGGAGCCGACUGCUGCGUCCUGGUGUACGAUGUCAACAACUCUAGGAGCUUUGAGGCCCUUGACAGCUGGCGCGACGAAUUCCUCAUCCAGGCCAACCCUCGUGACCCGCCCAACUUCCCCUUUGUCGUUCUUGGCAACAAGAUUGACGUCGAGGAGAGCAAGCGUGUGAUUUCCAACAAGCGUGCUAUGACUUUUUGCCAGUCCAAGGGUGACAUCCCGUACUUUGAGACGAGUGCCAAGGAGGCCAUCAACAUCGACCAAGCCUUUGAGGUCAUUGCCCGCAACGCUCUUGCCCAGGAAGAGUCGGAGGAGUUUAGCGGUGACUUUGACGACCCCAUCAACAUCCGCAUCGACAACCCUAACGAGGGAUGCUCGUGCUAA